AGACCUCGGUCAUGGACGGAGUAGAACCGUGAAAAUGCGCCUCAGCUCCGCUUGGCUGGCACUCGGCAUGUGCCUGUUAUUGCAUUCAAGUCUGAACUUUAACCUGGCAGAGGGAGCCAACAUCCUGGGAGUAUUUUCAUACCACUACGGCUCCGCAUUUCAGGUGGUGAGGCCGUGGAUCGAGGCACUUUUGGAACGAGGCCACAAUGUCACUCUAAUCACUCCCGAUGAAAUGCUUCCCGAUAUCGAGGGAGUUCGACAUAUUCGUGUUAACAACCUGAGAAAACACGCUCGAGAAUUUGCUGGGACUCAUGAAUUCCUGGACUUCUUGAGCAACAAAUGGAAGGAGGCCAAUUUGGCUGCUACAAUAUAUUUCAAUAUAACCCAUGAUAUUCUGAGUGACGAAGGCGUUCAGAAAAUGUUGAGCGACAAAAGUGAGAGGUUUGAUUUAAUCCUAAUGGAUGCAAGCAACCUGGAUGCACUGUACGGCCUGGUGGAGUACUAUAAUGCCACUCUAAUUGGUUUAACAAGUACGAGCAUUAACUGGUUAAUCGAAGAACUGGCCGGAAAUCCAGCGCCAAGUCUCAAUGAACCGAUUUCCCAAAUAGGCUACUCCAGAGAUUACUCGAUCAUGAGCAGAAUUAAGAACUGGAUUCACAUCAACGAGGAGAAGUUGAUGGAGUCUCUUAUAAUAUUACCAGCUCAACUGCGAGUCUUCAAGAAGUUCUUCGGGUACACGACUGAGAAGUUCUAUGAAUUGCGUGGCAGGUAUUCGCUGAUACUGGUCAACAAUCAUUUCAGCUUGGGCAAAGUGCGAUCCAAUGUGCCCAAUCUCAUCGAGGUGGCUGGAAUUCAUCUAAGCCAACGGCCAGAACCGUGCGAUGAGAGCCUGCAGAAGUUCAUGGACGAAGCGGAGAACGGUGUCAUCUAUUUCUCGUUGGGCCAGGACAUAAUGGUGAGGUUUCUUCCAGAUUCCCUCCAACAAACCCUGAAUAUGGCCUUUGCAAAGCUAAAGCAGCGCGUUGUUUGGAAGAACGAGCUCUUCAAAAUGCCAAACACAUCAGAGAACAUAUACGCUCUGGACAAAGUCCCCCAACGUCAGAUUCUAGCCCAUUCGAAUGUGCGUCUCUUUAUCACAAAUGGAGGACUUCUGAGUGUAAUUGAGGCGGUGGACAGUGGAGUUCCAAUACUCGGACUACCGGUGUUCUUUGACCAAUUUGGCAAUUUGCGUAGAGCGCAGUUGGCAGGCAUGGCCGAGGUCCUGGACAUAAACAAUCUGGAUGUAGAUACUCUUGUUAAAACAAUUAUAGAACUGAUAGAAAAUUCAAAAUACGCUUUAAAUGCUAAUAAAAUAUCAUUGACUUUUAAGGACCGACCCAUGAGUCCCUUGGAUACCGCUGUCUGGUGGACGGAGUACGCUCUACGCAAUCGGGAUAUAUCCCACAUUCGCCUCGAUGUCGAGGAGAUUCCACUGAUACAUUACUACAGAAUAGACAGCAUCCUCACUAUCGCCCUUCGAUAUGUAUUGAUUGCUGGGUCGGUGAUCUUUCUCGUUUUAGUUUGCUUAAAAACUUACAUGUCUCCCGGCUUAGGUUACCGAUUGCACUAUAACUUAUCAAUAAAGUAAUGCGACAUUGUAAUGAAAAUCUACAAUAUUUCUUCAAUUAUCUACGGAUAUUUAUGACUCUCGAUAAUGUUGUUUUAAUAAGCGUUUACAAGCU